GGUCAGAAAGUUCUGCAAUUCGGUAUGUUAUUUAGCUCACCCACUCGUGUCCUGUUGUGUCUGGUUAGGUUAGGUUCUGACAAGUUCACAAACAGAACCGCUCCGCUCCUUUGCUCCCUGCUCAGUCUUAAGGGAGUGACCAGUGGAUGCAGAUGGCAGUAGACGUCAACAAUGGACAAGAUCGAAUACCGUGCAGUGAUCAAGUUCUUGACAAAAGAGGGGAAGAACGCAAAGAUCAUGGCCACCAUCUUCUGGGACGCCGAGGGAGUGCUGCUGGUGGACUUCCUGCCGCGCGGAUCUACGAUCACAGGGGAGUACUACGCCGGAGUACUCGGUCACUUGAGGGACUCUAUCCGUCAGAAGAGAAGGGGCAAGUUGACCCGUGGUGUCCUUCUUCUCCACGACAACGCUCCGGUCCAUAAGGCCCGGCGUGCCCAGGCUGCUCUGAGGGACUGCGGCUUUGAGCAGCUAAAUCAUCCACCCUACAGUCCUGACCUGGCCCCCAGUGACUACUUUCUGUUCCGCCAGCUCAAGUCCUCGUUGCGGGGGCGGAGGUUCCACGAUGAUGAUGAGGUAAAGGAGGCUGUGACGACGUGGUUGGAGGAGCAGUUGAAGUCCUUCUGGCUAGCAGGAAUCCAGAGUCUUCGAGACAAGUGGAGCAAGUGUAUUCAAGUCAAGGGUAAUUACAUCGAAAAAUGAUGUGGCUGUAACUUUCAUUCCUUUGAAAUAAAUACUCAAAUUGCA